UACUUUUAGCCCACUCCAAUUCUUCUGCGUCCCGGUUCGAGCUUUUCGUUUCCUCCGUAACAUCUCGAAGCGUCACGAUGCGCUGUACCCCGCGACUUUAAUUCCGUAUGAGCGUGCCGCCGCGUCGUGAAAUAUCUAUAUUCGAUUCCGGUAUAAGUCGGUGCGUUCUCCUUUUUCUUUUCGUUUUCGAAAAGAGAUCGUGGCUAUGAUCUUACUGUUUUCGAACAGCGGCCACAGUCGUGUUGGACGAUCCGUAUGAAACUAACAUGCAAUCCGCGGUGUCGAGGAGAACCGAAAUUUUCUCGGGCCCGGUGAUUCGCGGCUGGCAAUACGGGGAGCUGUUUUCGCGGACCGUAUAAUCGGGUUAAAUAAUGAGAAUCAACGCGACGAAAAUGAGCACUCCGAUCGAGGAGAAGAUUGACCAGAAGUUGAAGGUGAGGAGUGGGAUGGUAAGCGUUAGCGAUGGAAAGAGCAAGCCAAUACCAAUGCGCUUGCAUUUGUCUAUGGAAGUUUUAAAACUUCAGAGAGAAGAUUUAGAGCAGGCAGUGAAUCAUAAUAAGCCACCAUUGGAUGCUAAGGAACGUAUGGUGCAAAUUACUAGGCAGAAAGUCGGAGGUUUAGGAUUAAGUAUAAAAGGGGGAGCAGAACAUAAACUUCCUGUUCUUAUAUCUAGAAUUUAUAAAGGCCAAGCAGCUGAUCAGUGUGGCCAAUUGUUUGUAGGAGAUGCAAUUAUUAAAGUGAAUGGAGAAUAUAUAACUGCAUGCAAUCAUGAUGAUGCUGUAAACAUUUUGAGGAAUGCUGGUGACAUAAUUGUUUUAACUGUAAAGCAUUAUAGAGCAGCUAAACCAUUUCUACAAAAAAACGAAAAAGAAGAGAAGUUGGAUAAUGUUCCAAAUGGUGGUUCGGAAGAUGAAUGGCUGUCACCUAAUAGACAGAGUGGCAGUCCCAGGUGUGGUCAUAGCCGGCAAAGUUCAAAUGCAUCUGUAACUUUAAUACAGUGUAAAAAAUGGGUGGAUGUUAUAACAGUUCCACUGAUGAUGGCAUAUGUAACAAGAUACAUCUUUGGAACUGACAAACUAAGGAGAAAUGCAUUUGAAGUGAGGGGAUUAAACGGUGCACGCACUGGUGUCAUACACUGUGAUGACAGUGCAAUUCUAAGUCAAUGGUUAAAGUAUAUUACUGAUAACAUUACAGGCUUAACGCAUUUGCAGAUGAAAUUGUAUAAUCGUAAUUUUGGGGUGGGUGAACGUAUAGAGUACAUGGGAUGGGUAAAUGAAGCAGUGAGUAAUAGUAAUCAGCCAUGGCAGAGUUAUAGGCCAAGAUUUUUGGCACUGAAAGGGCCUGAUUUACUGUUAUUUGAAACACCUCCUUGUAAUAUAGGUGAUUGGUCACGAUGCGCUUUGACUUUUAAAGUCUAUCAAACGAUGUUCCGUGUCAUGAGAGAAUCCGAGAACGUGGAUGAAAGACAGCAUUGUUUUCUAGCUCAAAGCCCGGGAAAACCACCGCGAUAUUUAAGUGUUGAAACAAGACAAGAACUUUUACGAGUUGAAGCAGCAUGGCAUACUGCAGUCUGUUCAGCUGUUACACAUUUAAAAAGUAAAACAUUUGCUGUUACGUUUAACGGAAGAAGUGCAGGAUUGACAUUAGAGUGGACUCAAGGCUUUACACUUUCUUACGAGGAUGUUGGAGAAAUUGUAUGGCGUUAUAAAUUUUCUCAAUUGAGGGGAUCCAGUGAUGAUGGAAAGAGUAGGCUGAAAUUACACUUUCAAGAACCUGAUAGUAUUGCUAUUGAGACAAAGGAAUUGGAAUGUUCUCAGCUACAGAAUCUACUGUUCUGUAUGCACGCAUUCUUAACCGCAAAGGUUGCCGCGGUAGAUCCAACCUUUUUAACGUCAACCACACCUUAAGAUUAAAGUUCCAACGAUAAGGCAGUCUUCUUUAAGCAAUGAUUCAUAUAUUCAUGCGUUGAGUUACUUUUCACGUGUAUCUGGUGCCUUAAAAACCAUGAACAAGGUGUAAUUAAUAAUAAGUUACAAAAUUGCAUCGAAGUUGUAUAGUUCAUUAGAACAGCAAGUUUUAUGCAUCUAAUGCCAAGGUAUACAUUUUACUAGAAAAUUUUAUCUUACGUUAAACACAGAAAUAUGAGAUUAUAUUAGUCUAAUUAAUUUUAAAUCAGUAUUAAUUCAAUGAGACAAAAAUCGUGGAAGAAAAACCUAAUAGCAAUAAGUAAAAAUUAUUUAUUAAUGUAUAAACAAGGAGGGAUAGAUCACAGGGAGCAAACAUAUAAACCAUAUUAUGAAUAAUUCAUUUGUCAAUUGGUUUUAUGGAAGUUAGCAGUGCAUUUUCGAUGGAAUUCCUGUUUUUAUCUACAGUAUUAAGUUAAAAGUAUAUUGUAAAUUAUAAUAUAUCUAUGGAUCUAUUAUGCAUUUUUAAUCAUUUUUUAAUGAUUUAUACGCCGAAAAAUUUUAAUAUAUGGAAGCCUCCGUUACUUCGUUAUAAGAAUCUAUUCUCCUCUUUCUCUAUAAAAGUUUUAAUGUUGCUAAUUAUGCAAAAUAACUUUCAAAACUAAUAACACACUUCGUGCAAUUAAUCUAUCAAUUUACAAUUAUAUUUAGAGCAAUAAAUGUACAUUGGAUGAAGAAACAAAAGGAACGCUGUUUAGAACACAAACUGCACUUUGUAUUAAUCAUAAUACACAAUUUCUAACGUUAAGGUAUUACUGGAGUUUUAUCAUAACUGUCAGAGAAUACAUAAUGAAAAUUGUAUGCACUCACGGUUGCAUACUUCUAUACAGUUCAUUCAUUUAUUGAUCAAUAAAUAUUAUCAGCCAAUAAUUUGUUAUAAACAGACAUGUUAUUUCUAUGAAUUAUGUGAAAAUAGUUUUUAAUUGCAAGGAAAUUGACAGGUCUUUAAUUUGCAUUACAUAUUUUAAGGGUCUCCAGUUACUCGUAGAAAGUGCCUAUACCAUUAUAUAUAAUACAAUAGGAAUUUUAAUUAAUUUUCACAGAUUAAUUCUCCUAGUCUAAACAGUAAGAGUGUUAUCAUGAUCAGAACUUUAAAGAAUCUACUGUGGUAAUUGCUACGGAGAUAUGCAGAAAUUAUUAUGGUAAUUCAAUUGUAAUUAAAAGGCACUCUAGGAAAACAAGCGUCACUUCAUUGCAUUACAAUGUUUUCUAAUAUUCCGCGUAAAUCAAUGUGUUCUAUUCAUAUUCUUUAUUUAGAAAAUGACCAUAUGCAUAUGUUAAAACAUAUGAAAGAUUAAAUCAGCCCACUACUGAAUUUAAUUACAGAUGCAUCGCGGUGAUUUUUUAUAGACUGUAAUGUUGUUAGCAAGGGCCAAAAUAGUUCAGUAUGCGAGAAGUACUAUUUAUAGGCGUCCACUUGUUAGACUUGCAAUCACAAUAAAAUUGUAUUCGACAACAUACAAGUAAUGACUUAUGUCAGUACACUCAGAAAGCAAUUGUAACUGUGUGUUAUAUUUAUUAAGUGCAAGGUAUGUUACAAUAUUCAACAAUGGCAUUGCUGUUUUCUAUUAUACGUGUGCAUCGCAUGCAUUCUAUAGUUAAAUUUAGAUUAUAAUAAAGAACUGCACAAUUACAUUUUAUAGGUAAUAUAAGCCAGAGAAUGAGAAACUGAUCUGCAGAAGUUGAAUAUAAUGCUACUCAUAGUUGUUUAACCUUAACAUUUUUUUUUAAAAGCAUAAUCAUUGAAGAAUUCAUUUUAUAAUCUUUUAUUUAAUAAAAGGGAUUUGAAAAACAUUCAUUGUAAAAAAGAUAAAUAUUAUCGUAACGUUUUAUAU